UUGUUCUUAUUGGUAAACCUGAAAAGACACUAAAGUUGAAGAGAAAAUAUGUGGAAGAACAACUUUCUGGUGGUGGGAAAGGGAUAGCAGCAAAAAGGAUCAUCUCUCCAAUUUACUUUCCUGUCUUGAACCAAAGGUCUUUCAGAAACAGUUUUUCUAUUCCUCCGGUAGGGGUAAGGUCUGCGUACACACUAGCCUCCUAGAUUGAUAUUUUAUUGGGUCGUUGUUGUUGUGUCUUCUGCUUUAUCUAUGAAAUUCAACUCUAAGAAGGGAAGUCAAGAAGAUCAUAAUACAGAAGACAAAAUGACUUGUUUUACUGAAAUUUCAAGUUUGAUGAUCACUAUUUCAAUUGUGAUCAUUUUAGCCUAUCCUUUUCUACAAUCUUCCCCUCCUACAGAAGCAACAAAAUCAUCUAAUUCAAAUCAUGAUCCUUUGUUCAGCUAUAGACAAUCACCUCAUUUCAAGAACUCACCUAAAUGUGCAAUAUUUCCCACAAAUUCUAUUAGCAAAAAAAUCUGCAAUCCUUCUUUAGUCCAUAUUUCCAUGACCCUUGACACUAAAUUUCUCCGCGGCUCGGUUGCUGCAAUUCAUUCAAUCCUUCGACAUUCUCACUGCCCAGAAAAUCUUUUCUUCCAUUUUAUUUCCUCAUAUAGUACAAAUCUUGAACCCCACUUGGAAAAAAUCUUCCCUUCAUUGGCAUUCAAGAUUUACUAUUUCAAUCCAGGGAUUGUGCGGAACAAGAUUUCUUCUACCAUAAGGGAAGCUCUUGAACAUCCAUUGAAUUAUGCAAGGAAUUACUUAGCUGAACUCUUAGAGCCUUGUGUUGAAAGAGUCAUAUACUUGGAUUCUGAUAUCAUUUUAGUUGAUGACAUUUCCAAUCUGUGGAAAACAAGUCUUGGAUCAAGAACUGUGGGAUCACCUGAGUACUGCCAUGCUAAUAUCACCAAUUAUUUUACUCCUAAAUUUUGGUCUCACAAGAAGUUUUUUCGUGUAUUCCGUGGCCGGAGACCUUGUUACUUCAACACAGGUGUGAUGGUGAUUGAUUUGAGUAAAUGGAGAAAGUACAAAUACACAAGGAAACUAGAAAGAUGGAUGAAGAUUCAGAGAGGUCAUAGAAUAUAUGAGCUUGGUUCAUUGCCACCAUUUUUAUUGGUGUUUGGAGGGAAGAUAGCACCAAUACACCAAAAAUGGAACCAACAUGGACUAGGAGGGGAUAAUUUGAGUGGAAGUUGCAGAAAUAUACAUGGUGGUCCUGUUAGUUUGUUGCAUUGGAGCGGAGGUGGCAAACCUUGGCUAAGGCUUGAUUCGGCAAAUUCUUGCCCUCUCGACGAAAUCUGGGCUCGCUAUGACUUGCAUGCACCUCCUAUGUGACCAGAGAUUUGAUAGAAAUUAAUAAGAUUUUCAUGCCAACCAUUUUUUGUGAAUCAUCUUAUCAAUAAUUUAUAAUGCUAUUAAGUUUAAA